GAGAACACAACACAACAAACGAUCCACAGCUUCUUCACCACAGCCGGUAACCGCCACCGGUCCUUUGUCAACUCCCUCCCCUCUCACCUCCACCCGCUCCUUGAGAAGGAGGAGCAGAAAGGAAAGUGGUAUCUGAAGUUGUAGGGGCUGGGUGGUUGUGGAAGAGGUGGAGGCAUGCAUGGCAGUGAAAUUUCGCAUAUGAGAGUCGGGUUCGGAGUUUGGGACGCCUGGGAGCUUACACAACACUCGUAUUUUACCUUGUUCAACAUGGAGGCUCAAGACAUGGAAACACACAGGACGUCUUGUUAAGCACAUGACCACGCCCUACAGCUACUGGCGGAAAAUUCCCACCUCCCGAACACCACCAUCCCCAAACCCCAGAGUCCUGUCCCAUGGUUCUCGCCCUGUUGAGGCACAGACGAUGCACCCCGUUUUUUGUUUCCCAUUUUGGAAGUUGGGCAACUGGGGUAUGCGGGGAGCCCGUCAUGCAGUUACUGUCGUUUGCUUCAGUUGAGCGGUUUUCAGGGUCUUGGAUGUCACUCACGUGGUCGAUACUAAAACCGGCGAUGGUGCUGGAUGGCUUGCAUACCCCUGACUGGAUGAGGAUGAGGUGGGUGUCGAGAAACAUGCGAUAUGGAAUGGUGAGACAGGGGCUUAAGUCUUGGAAUAUUCCACGAACCAUACCUACCUCUGUUCUAGCCACCCGACCAUAGGAUCGGGCUCCUGCUUUGUCUUUAGGCAUACAUUCUGAAUGGUACCCAAUAAACCAAGGCUGAUCAGUCCGGGGUAAUCUGAGUAGAUCUCCUCGGGCGGAGUUGGUUCCGCGGCUGGGGCGCAAAUGGCUCGGGGUCUUCACCCUGUCCGAGGACUCGCUUUUAAACGGCUUUUCGUUUUGAGG